AUGAACGACCCACCGGCGCAGCAUCGCAAGGGCGUCAAGCAGCGCAGCCCCGAUGAGUGGAAGGACCGGCUCAGGGCGGACGUCAUCGAGCGAGUCCGCGCCAGUCGCACCGCCAUCCUCUCCAGGGCGCGGGGCGGCACCGCCGGCGAAUCCCCCGCCUUGUUCCGCGACGGCGUGCGCCUCGAGCUCGCCGACAUACUCGCCGACGAGGUGACCCGCGCCGAACGACACCAUCGGCCGGACGCGACGCCGGAGAGACGAGACGCGUCGCCCGCGCCGUCCACGUCCGACGACGGCAUGUGGAACGACGACCCCAUCGUCAAGCCACGGUCGCGCCGGUCGCCGUCGCCGGCACAGCUGUCGUCGCCGGCGCUGUCUUGGGACGAACACGCGGGCACGAAGCUCACCUCCGUGGAGUACGAGGACCUCAUGCUCGCGAUGCACGAAGCCGUCGAGGAGGACCUGAGACGGGAGGAAGCCGCGAUGCUCGCGGCGGAGCUCGAGUCGGUGGAGGCGCAGGAGGCUGACGAACUCGCGGCGGCGGUGGCAUCGUUCGAGGCGUGGACCGUGGACUCCAUCGCCGCGGGCGCACAGCUGUCGUCCGGAGGUGGGGACUCGACGCCGGCUGUGCCGUGCCCCGUGUGCUCGACGCGAAGGGUGCUCAUGACGGACGACGUCCUGUUCUGCGGAUGCGGGAACUUUCGGCUGGCGCGGGGGGAGGUGCCGGGGGAGCGGCGCGUGCGCGCUCGAGCGGGAAACCGGGGCGGAUCGGGGAGCUCGGCGAAAGACGGGUUAUUAGAUGCAUCCUCGAGGGAGGCGAGCUUCGGGCUGGACCACCUGCGUCGGCGGUUGGCGGAGACGUACGCGGCGCACGCGGAGAACGGCGGGUGCGACGACGCGAGGGCGCUGGCGUUCGACGUGCGGAACGCGUUCGGGGUGGAGGCGCUGUGGGCGGAGUGCGGUAGGUGCGGCUUCAUCGAGACGGUGAUGUGACGGCGCCGGGCGCGAGUAGUUGUACCAGUAGUCCGUGUAGUAUUAGUUCCUGAUGAGCACCG